ACAUCUUUUCCAGCACUGCGAGUAGCCGGCGUCAGUCGUGUCUUGUAGACAAUUUCUGUUAUCCACGUUUUUCUUUCCUUGCUGUGCGAAAUCAAUAUAAGAACCUCAAGAUGUCGAUGUGGUGGGGAUUGAAUAUGAAACCAAACCGGAAAUACACACAAACCAUUGUGCAGUCCUUCCAUCUCUCGGGCGCCGCUCUUGAUGAGGGCGAAUCUGCCAAACUCUAUCUGACGGCCAACCAAAACAAGUACAUUUUGGCCACAUUGGACACAAGUAAAAAUAUUCAUCAAGUGCCGCUCGAUUUGAACUUCUGCAUCGGCGAUAAGAUUGCAUUCCAAACAACUGGCAACGCAACAGUUUCGUUGAUUGGCUACAUGCACGAUGCUGAGGAUGAGGAUUAUGACGAUGAAGAAUAUAAGGCACUCGCCAAGGAAUUGGAGAAGUCGCAAAAGACUGGCGGAGGCAAGGGGGCAGCCACAAAUGACUCGGAAUCUGAGGAGGGCAGUGAGGAGGAAGAAGACGACAGCAAGCUGGCUGCUGAAUAUUCUUCAUUCCUCGAUGAGGAAGAAUCUGGUGACGAGGAAGGUGAGGAAGACGAUGAUGACGAAGACGAAGAGGAUGACGAUGAUGACGACGAUGAUGAUGAAGAUGACUCUGAGGCAGAAGAUGCGGCACCUCAACCAAAAAAAGCCAAACUAAAUGAAAACAAUAAGAAGCCAGCCAAGGAGCAGAAUGGUGUGGCCAAGAAAGAGGACAAGCAGCAGCAACAGCAAAAGUCGAAGAAGGAUAAAAAAGGUGCCGCCGCACCUGAGAUCAAGAAAGAGCAGCCCAAGGGAAAAGAUACCAAGCAGCAGCAGCAAUCUGGCGGUGAGCGUGCCAUAACUGGUGGCGUGAGAGUCCAGGACGUGAGUGCUGGCAGUGGCCCGGAGGCCAAACAGGGCAAACGCGUCUCCGUCUAUUACAUUGGACGGUUGAAGUCGAACAACAAGACGUUCGACAGCAUGCAGAAGGGCAACGGCUUCAAGUUCGCAUUGGGUGCCGGCGAGGUGAUCAAGGGCUGGGAUGUGGGCGUUGUUGGCAUGAAGGUGGGCGGCAAGCGGCGCAUCACUUGCCCCCCGCACAUGGCAUAUGGGGCACGCGGCCAGCCGCCCACAAUUCCCCCCAACUCGACACUCGUCUUUGAUGUCGAACUGAAGGCGGUGCACUAAUUCCUUUUUUUCUUUCUAUCCACAAUAAGUACAUAACUUAAGCAUACAAAAAAAAACAAAAGUUGCAUCAUUUAGGUUUAAAUAUCACAGCAGAAGUGCGCAUUUGUCUUGUCUGCAUAUUGAACGUUGAUUUAAAAAAUAAAACAAAUUUAUAAAAUACAAA